AUGUCCACUGCCCCUAAACCUUCAGUGGUCCUCGAGGCCCACGAGGUCGACACCUUCCACGUUCCUCAGGCAUUCCACGAUAAACACCCCACCGGCACACACUUGAAGGAUCUCGACGAAUACAAGAAGCUCUAUGAGGAGUCAAUUCGCAGCCCCGAUACCUUCUGGGCUCGUAUGGCCCGUGAGCUCCUCACAUUCGAUAAAGAUUUCCAGACCACACACCACGGCUCUUUCGAGAACGGUGACAAUGCCUGGUUUGUGGAGGGCACCCUGAACGCCUCCUUCAACUGUGUCGAUCGUCAUGCGCUGAAGAACCCCGAUAAGGUGGCCAUCAUUUACGAGGCCGAUGAGCCCAACGAGGGCCGCACCAUCACAUACGGAGAGCUCAUGCGUGAGGUUUCUCGGGUUGCCUGGACUCUGAAGAUGCGCGGUGUCAAGAAGGGUGACACUGUUGCGAUUUACCUUCCCAUGAUCCCGGAAGCAGUCAUUGCUUUCUUGGCCUGCUCGCGUAUCGGUGCUGUACACUCUGUAGUUUUUGCCGGUUUCUCCUCCGACUCCCUGCGGGACCGUGUCAUUGACGGCCAGUCCAAGGUCGUUAUUACCACUGAUGAGGGCAAGCGUGGUGGCAAGGUUAUUGGCACUAAGCGAAUCGUCGAUGAGGCGCUCAAGCAGUGCCCCGAUGUGACCACUUGCCUGGUCUACAAGCGCACUGGCGCGGAGGUUCCCUGGACUUCCGGCCGUGAUAUUUGGUGGCACGAGGAGGUUGAGAAGUACCCCAACUACCUUGCCCCAGAGCCUGUGAGCUCCGAAGAUCCUCUUUUCCUCCUAUACACCUCCGGCUCAACUGGUAAGCCCAAGGGUGUCAUGCACACAACUGCUGGCUACCUGCUCGGCGCAGCUAUGACCGGAAAGUAUGUAUUUGAUAUUCAUGACGACGAUCGCUACUUCUGUGGUGGUGAUGUUGGUUGGAUUACUGGCCACACUUACGUCGUAUAUGCUCCUCUCCUCCUGGGAUGUGCCACUGUUGUUUUCGAAUCUACCCCUGCCUACCCUAACUUCUCCCGUUACUGGGAUGUCAUUGACAAGUACGAUGUCACCCAAUUCUAUGUCGCUCCUACUGCACUGCGCUUGUUGAAGCGUGCUGGUGAUGAGCACAUCCACCACAAGAUGAAGUCCCUGCGUAUUCUGGGCUCUGUUGGUGAGCCUAUCGCUGCUGAGGUCUGGAAGUGGUACUUCGAGGCUGUUGGAAAGGAGGAGGCCCACAUUUGUGAUACUUACUGGCAAACCGAGACAGGCUCUAACGUGAUUACCCCUCUGGGUGGUAUCACCCCCACUAAGCCUGGUAGUGCUUCUUUGCCAUUCUUCGGUAUUGAGCCUGCUAUUAUCGACCCUGUCUCUGGCGAGGAAAUUACAGGUAACGAUGUCGAGGGUGUUUUGGCAUUCAAGCAGCCCUGGCCCAGCAUGGCCCGUACCGUCUGGGGUGCUCACAAGCGUUACAUGGACACAUACUUGAACGUUUACAAGGGCUACUACUUCACUGGAGAUGGCGCUGGUCGUGAUCAUGAUGGAUACUACUGGAUUCGUGGCCGUGUCGACGAUGUUGUCAACGUUUCCGGUCACCGACUCUCCACUGCCGAGAUUGAAGCAGCUCUUAUCGAGCACUCUAUGGUUGCCGAGGCCGCUGUGGUCGGCAUUGCCGAUGAGUUGACAGGUCAAGCUGUCAAUGCCUUUGUUGCCCUGAAGGAGGGUAAUGAGACUACCGAUCAAGUGCGCAAGGAUCUGGUUAUGCAGGUCCGCAAGUCAAUUGGUCCAUUUGCCGCUCCAAAAGCCAUUUUUAUUGUUGAGGAUCUGCCUAAGACCCGCAGCGGCAAGAUUAUGCGUCGUAUUCUGCGCAAGAUUCUCAGUGGCGAAGAAGAUAGUUUGGGUGACACAUCAACGCUUUCUGACCCCUCCGUUGUGGACACUAUAAUUGCAACCGUCCACGCUGCUCGUCAGAAGUAA